AUGUCCAGGUUUCAGGAUCUUGAAGAUUUCUUCAGCCGGCGGCUGCUCGCUGCUGUUAACGGAGACCUCUCAGGACGAUCAGCAACAUCUGUGUAUGAAGAGGAGCUCCAACGGCAAAGGAAACUGCUGAGUGUGAUUUUAAUGCCUGAAAUCAAACUGAAGAGAGCAGGUUAGUUCACCUUCUUCUUCUUCUUCAACAUGAGAAACGAACAAGAGAAAACCACCGAAGAUCAAAACCUGUUGACAAACAGAACAGCAACGUCACUGACCUUUGAAGAUCAAUACUUGUUGGUAAAAAGAACAGCAACGUCACUGACCUUUGAAGAUCAAUACUUGUUGACAAAAAAAAAUCACACAAAUCCUUCAGUCCCGGACUGGACCAUGUUGUCGACCGCUUGCUUCUCUAGUUAUACCAACUUUAGUAACGACCGCAGGAUAGAAAUACAGAGAGCCACGCCCCCAACCAAAACGCCACUCUAUAGCCACAAAUAAUGCUCAGAACAGCACCUAACUUCAUCAACAGGACAUAUAGGGUCACAGACAUAGUACUAGACACCAAACAUCUUUUUAACUUUGACUAAUUUCUUUAGCAAAGAGACUAAACACAACUCACCUACUCUCUUCCAGCAGACGCUUGUUUGUAGAGAGACCUCAGGCCAGUCCAUUACAGACUAUUAUCUGUAUUAUUAUUGAGCAUUAUUUGUGGCUAUAGAGUGGCGUUUUGGUUGAGCGCGUGGCUCUCUGUAUUUCUAUCCUGCGGUUGUUACUAAAGUUGGUAUAACUAGAGAAGCAAGAGGUCGACAACAUUCAUCUCUGGAGGGGGGGUCUAACUCUGUGUUACGGUGGGUUUGACCCUAAAUUAAUUUUUAUGCAGAACUAUCCCUUUAAGCUGAGAGGCAACAGAUGAAACUCAAACACGACUUAAAAAAGGCGCGAAUUCAACCCACGUAUCAUUCGUUCACUGGUUUUUCAAAAUAAAACCAAACGUUAAAAACAAGAAAUGACGCUCAUCUAUUUCCUAAACAUGGUUAAGAAAAAAAGGAUACCGACUCGUUUUCCCAAUAUGUUGUGUUCAAAUACAAAAUGGUAAAAUCGGAUAACGACAAAGUUUAUUCAAUUGUUCCACAUCCGACUAGAACAAGCUGCGUGACCCGGAAGUGAUGCUCCGUGUCUUUUUUGUUGAUUGAAUAUCACGGUUGGAAAUAGAUAUCAAACAUAGAAAAAGGACUGUUUUAUUUUUGUUUUAAAAUAGAAACACCAAAAUAAUGAAAUAAAGCUUGAUUUUCUUUUCUGCUGUCUGGAACGAGUAAGGAAAAGUCAAAGAACAGUUCAGUUUCAAUCUUUUACAGAUGAAUAGACACAAAUCGAAAAAGUGCCCUUAUAUUUGUUUGCUACUGGUGGAGGAGAAAUCCAGGUGGUGGCACGUAGUAUGCAGUUUUAGUAUUGGGGCCACAGUGAGAAAAUAAUAUUUUCAUACAAAGUCAUAAAAUUACAACAAUAAAGUCAUAAAUUGACAGGAAUAGAGUCGUAAAUAAACAAGAAUAAAAUCAUACAUUUACAGGAAUAAAGUCAUUUUAUCACAAGAAUAAUGUCAUAAAUCUACAAACAAAUAUAAGGGUAAUUUUUUGAUUUGUGUUUUCUGCUUUAUUCCUUUGUAAUGUUAGAAGUUAUUAUUAAAAAUCAAACCAUUAUUUGACUUUUCUUUACUCCUUCCAGACAGCAGGAAAGAAAAUCAAGCUGUAUUUCAAUUUUGGUGUUUCUAUUUUAAAACCAAAAUCAAUAACCAGUUGUUUUUUCUAUUUUUGAUAUCUGUCUCCAAACCUUAGAUCUAGGCCAGGAACAAUAACAAAUUUUGCGGGAUGAUAAAAGCAAGAAUCUCUAUCCAAAGUUUGUCUCCAACAUAGAUGCCAAGCUUAUCUUGAUGUGUCUUUCUGUACUUUGGUGUUUCCUGCAGAUGUCCAGCAGCUGUCAGUGAUUAAAGAGGAACCUCUUGAGCUCCAGGAGUGGAGCCCUGAUCUAAACCAAAAGGACACCAAGCACAUGCACAUUAAGGAGGAGGAACCCUGGAGCAGUCAGGAGGGAGAGCAGCUUCAAGGGUUUGAGGAGGCUGAGGCCACCAUGUUCCCAUUCACUGUUGUCAUUGUGAAGAGUGAAGAGGAUGAAGAAAAACCUCAGCCUCCACAGCUUCACCCAAAACCAAUUCAAAAGAUGGAAACAGGAGAUGAUGAAGAAAUCUGUGGAGUUUCAGAACCAGCUGGAAACUCAAAUCCUGUGAGUGAUAACGGGUCAGAAGACUCCUCUGAGACUGAUGAUGAUGAUGAUUGGAAGGAGACCAGAGAGGAUCAGUCAGGAUUAAACUCUGGGAAAUUAAUGAAAAGAAGAGGACAGAAAACUGUCAUGAAAUCUCACAGCUGCUCUGAGUCUGGUAGAAGAUUUAAUUCUCAAGAGGCUUUCAUCAGACACAUGUUGGUUCACACAAUGGAGAAACCUUUCAGCUGCUCUAAGUGCAGUCAAAGAUUCAACUGUCAACAGGCUCUGAAAAUACACAUGGUCGUUCACACAGGAGAGAAACCUUUCAGCUGCUCUGAGUGUGGUAAAAGAUUUUCACGAAAACAACAUCUGACCACACACAAUUUAGUUCACAAAGGGGAGAAACCUUUCAGCUGCUCUGAGUGUGAUAAAAAAUAUUUUGAUAAAAGGUCUCUUGCCAACCACAUGUUGGUUCACACAGGAGAGACACCUUUCAGCUGCUCUGAGUGUGAUAAAAAAUAUUUGGUCAUGAGUGCUCUGGCCAGACACAUGUUAGUUCACACAGGGGAAAAACCUUUCAGCUGCUCUGAGUGCGGGAAAAAUUUUUCACUUAAACAGAGUAUGAUCAGACACAAAGUUAAUCAUUCAGGAGAGAAACCUUUCAGCUGCUCUGAGUGUGAUAAAAGAUUUUCCCAAAAAAACCAAGUGACUAAACACAUGUUACAUCACAGGAAAGAGAAACCAUUCAGCUGCUCUGAGUGCGAUAAAAGAUUCAAAUUUAAAGAGGUUCUUAAACGACACAUGUUAUUUCACACAGGAGAGAAACCCUUCAGUUGUUCUGAUUGUGGUAAAAGAUUUACACAAAAAAGUGAUCUGGCCAGACACAUGUUAGUUCACACAGGAGAGAAACCCUUGGGUUGUUCUGAUUGUGGUAAAAGAUUUACACAAAAACAAGAUCUGGCCAGACACAUCUUAGUUCACACAGGGGAGAAACCUUUUAGCUGCUCUGAGUGUGAUAAAAAAUAUCGUGAUAAAAGGUCUCUGGCCAAACACAUGUUUGUUCACACGGGGGAGAAACCUUUCAGCUGCUCUGAGUGUGGUAAAUCAUAUUGUGAGAAAAGGGAUCUGACCUUACACAUGUUACGUCAUACAGGAGAGAAACCUUUCAGCUGCUCUUAG